AUGGAGAAGAGUUCGUCGCCGGCUGUUUGGGGUGCUCCGCCUUCAUCGUUUGAGGCUCAAGCCAAAGGUUUACCUGGUUCUUCUGCUUCCGCUUCUACAUCCCGGUCCUUCCGUGAUGUUCUUGCGGGAGCUUCUGCUUCAACUCCUCCGGUAAUCUCUUUUACCAAAUCUACUAUUAAAGGUGUUCCGACUCUUUUAAUGUCGGAAGAUGAUAUCUUGAAAUUAGCUAGUCCGUAUCAAUUUACUCUGAUUGGUAAGUUUUCUGUGAGGCGGCCUAAUCUGGAUGCUAUUAGGAAUUUUUUUGCUAAGCUUAAACUGUCCGGAAAUUUUUCCAUUGGGCUGCUUGAUGCUAGACACGUCUCCAUACAGUUGUCGAAUGAUCUUGAUUACAGUCGUGUCUUUUCUAGGAGAUCUUAUUAUAUUCUUAACUGUCAAAUGAGGUUAUUAAAAUGGACUCCUUUCUUUGAUGUCAAAGAAGAAUCUCUGAUUGUACCGAUAAGGAUAUCUUUUCCUAAUUUACGAUUACAUUUUUUUAAUACUCAUGUUCUUCAUGCUUUAGGUUCCAUUUUUGGUCGACCUUUACAAACUGACCAAGCUACUGCUAAUCGGUCAAGACCCUAUGUGGCGAGGGUUCUUGUGGAAAUUGAUAUCACUAAGAAACAUCCGAAAGACAUAUGGAUUGGUUCUGAAAAUUGUGGGUAUUUACAAAAAGUGAAAAAGUUCCUGAUUUCUGCUUGCAUUCCUUAUAACAAGGAAAAUGACACUGAGUCUACUGCUUGUGACACUAAUAAUGGAGAUCCGAUUUUGAAGGAAAAUAUUGUGGAGGGUGAUAUGAAUAAUACUAGAGGAAGGGAUGAGGAGAAUGAAGUUAAUAAGACUUCUAGUAAUGUAGAGGAAAUGGUUGGUGGGAAAACUGAGGAAGCUGAUUCCUCUAUUUCGGUUAAAAUACUUUUGGGGAAUGAAAACAGGGCAUGCGAUUCUUUAAAUAACGGUAAUAAUGACUUUGGCACUAUUCAAAGGGAAACUGGCAGUAAAACUGACGGGAAGGGGUCUGACUUGAAGGAGUUGGAAGAUAAAGUGGAUGGGAUGGAAGAAGGGGAAAUCGAAAUUGUUUUACCCGUGGACAAUUUAAGUAAUUUGAAUGCUGACUCUGUGUCUGAUUCCCAUUAUAAGGAGGGGGUUGGUGCUUCUCCUUCUCAAGAUCGGGUUAAUAAUCUUUGUAGGAUUAAUGAUAUUCAAUUAUUGGUUUUACUUGAGCCUUUCGUUUCUGUUACUAAAUUGGAUUCUGUUCGUAAAAUUUUGGGUUUUCAUCAUGCUUUUGCUAAUUGCUCUAAUAAGAUCUGGAUUUUUUGGAAACAGUUUAUUACUUUUGACAUUCUCAUUGAUCUGCCUCAAGUUAUUCAUGCUAAUGUCACUAUUAAUCAUAUCUCUAGUUUUGCUUCUUUUGUGUAUGCCUCCUGUACUAGAAUGGGUAGAAAAAUAUUAUGGGAUCAACUCUCCUCCUUCGCUACCACUAUUAAUGCUCCUUGGAUGGUUGGUGGUGAAUUUAAUUGUAUUACUAAUGGCUCUGAGAGAAUUGGUGGUAAGCCACCAAAUUUUAUGGCGAUGGAGGAUUUUAAUGAUAUGAUUGUUAAUUGUAAUUUGCAUGAUAUUGGCUUUUCGGGCAGUGGUUUUACCUGGAAUAAAGGUACCAUGUGGCAAAGGCUGGAUCGUAUCCUUUUUAAUGAUCAAUGGUUAUCUACUUUUUCUUAUACCCAUACUGAACAUUUAACCAGAACUCUUUCUGAUCAUUCUCCUCUUUUACUUAAUGUUUUAAACAAUACUAAUAGCUCUUUUCAACCUUUCCGGUUUCAGAAUAUGUGGCUUUUGGAUAAUAUGUUUGAGGAUAUUGUUAAAAGCAAUUGGGAAGCUCCUCUUUUUCCUGACAACAAUGUGACUGGUAUGUCUAGACUGUGGCUCAAGCUUAAGAGGCUUAAGCAACCUCUUAGAUGGUGGAACAAGUGCAUCUUUAAAAAUGUCUUUACUAAUAUCAAGCUUGCUGAGAGUAAUGUGGCCAAUGCUGAUUUGGACUAUAUGCAUGAUGCCUCCAUUACCAAUCUUUCUAAUAUGAAUAAUGCCAAGCAUACUUUGUUUAAUUUGCAGGAAAAAGAAGAAGCUUUUUGGAGACAAAAAGCUUCUGCUAAGUUUUUUGUUGAUGGGGAUAGGAAUACUUCUUACUUUCAUAAUAUUGCUAACCAUAACAAUACUAGUAGGAUUAUUCAUAAGAUUACGACUCCUGAGGGUGAUGAGAUUACUAAUCCCGAUUUGAUUGUUGAUUCGGGUACCAAGUUUUUUGAAAAGAUUUUCAACAAUAAUUUUAGGCCGGAUUUAAAGACUGAUUUCUAUUUUAUGCCUUCUAUUAUUUCCAAUGACGAUAAUGUUAUGUUGACCAAAACUCCGAAUGAAGAGGAAAUUCUGAAUACUUUAAAUAAUAUGAACUCUGAUUCCGUGGCUGGUCCUGAUGGCUUCACGAACAAGUUUUUUCAAAAAUGCUGGUAUAUUAUCAAACAGGACAUUGUUGACGCUGUUGUUGAAUUUUUUGAAGAACAAACUGGUUUUGUCAAAGGUAGAUCGAUUUUUGACAAUGUCUUACUUGCUCAAGAGCUUGUGAACGACCUUAAUGCUAAUAUUUCUGGUGGUAAUGUUAUUUUUAAGAUGGAUAUCAUUAAGGCUUAUGAUAACUUGAAUUGGGAUAGCUGUAAUGCUUCCAAGCAUGAGAAUAUUGGCAUGAAUUCCUUAAAUAUCAUUGCUAAAUUACUGUUUGAGCCUAUUAUCAAAAAAGAGAAGUUAAUUUUCUGGAAACGCCCUGCUCACAAUUGUUUCAAACUCAAUACGGAUGGCUCUUUUAAUAACUUGAACGCUGGUUGUGGUGGUAUUAUUCGUGAUCAUAUGGGUAUGGCUGUUAUGGCUUAUGCUGGGCCUUCCCCUGCUGAUAACGCCUUGCAAGCUGAGAUUGAUAGCUUGCUGUAUGGGAUCCAGUUAUGUAUCUCUCUUGGUAAUGUUGUGGCUGAUGGCUCAACUAAGUUGGGGUGUGCCAUGGAUGAUUUUGUUCUUUUUAAUGAUAUUUCCCUUCCCAGGGAGAUUAAAGGGCUUAUCAGGUUUUUGGAGCUCCGCGCUCGUUUUGUGCAGGGGACGUCUACUGUUGAGAGGGACAUGCUGAAUACGCUCUUCGGAGCAGUCGUGAGCUAG